AUGACCUUUGAAUUUUACCCAGUGAAACUAUGGCAAGGCCUCCCCAAUUUGAGAAACACCUGUUAUAUGAAUGCCGUUUCACAAUCUCUGUGUUCAAUUCCAUCGUUUGCUUAUGAUUUACUCUACCAGAAUUUCUCAUGGGGUACAAUUCCCCUUGAUAUUCUUAGCAUGUGCAUGACACACCUGCUUAUUUUGAAAGAUAUUUAUAGUGUAAAAAUGAAGAUGAAGUUACUUGUGAGUAUUAAAAAAACCAUUUCAAUAGCUGCAUAGGUGUUCUCUGGCAACAUACAGAAUGAUGCUCAUGCGUUUUUAGGUCACUGUUUAGAUCAGAUUAAAGAGAACAUGGGAAAACUAAACAAAAUUUGGAAGACUAAAAUUGAAUCUGAGGAAGAAAAUUCACCUCAACAGGUUUUUGCUGGUAGUGCUGCCACCAAAGUGCUCAUUUGUCCUGUCAUCACUAAUUUUGAGUUUGAGUUGCUGCAUUCUAUUAUUUGUAAAGUCUGUGGUCAGGUUGUUCUCAAGACAGGUAGUCAUCUCUCCAUCAACCUUCCCCAAGGAAUGAUAACACUUCCUUUGUCUAUUCAAUCUACUGUUGAUCUUGUCUUUGAAGCAGAAGAGCUUGAGUACAGAUGUGGGAAGUGUAACCACAAGAGUUCUGUUGCAGUGCGUAAAUUCAGUAGGCUACCCAGGGUCCUUAUUGUUCAUCUGAAAUCCUAUAGCUUUAAGAAGUUUUGGUCGUUAAGGAAGGAUGUCCAGGAAGUCGUUGUCUGUUUAGAGUUGUCUUCUUAUUGCAAUGACAAUACCAAACCCCCUGUUCCCUUGAGCAAUAAUGGGCAUAUUAGGAAUUUCCAAGUCUUAAAAAGAUCUUUCAAAAGAUAA